CACCGCCUCGCCCCUCUCGCAACUCCCAGCGCAUCCCGACUCCCGAAGCUCCAUCGUUCGACCACAUCUAACCCAACCAUUCCCGCCGAUCGACCUCAGAGGCCCGACUCACCCCCCAUCUGCAUGCAAGCCUAGCAUACCCGCCCACUUGCGCCACCGACUUCUUGUCGCAACUCGUUCGCGACUCGAUCUCAACCUAACCCCCCGGGCGCGUUCCCUUGACGCGCCAUUUCGCGGCCUCGCCGUUGGAUCGCUUGACGAUGUAUGGCACGCCUCACUCUCACGCGACAAUGAACGGACUAGGCGAGGUGGUCGAUGGCUCGGGGACCAUCGACCCGGCAAACCUCAGCAACUCGGUCUCUACUAUGCCGGCACCAUCCACUGCUGAGCCAAGUCCCCGUGGUGUCAAGCGUAGUCGCACUCCAGAUCACAGUGGGAAUGGACUUGCAGAUGGAGAUCAAGAUGAUGAGGACCAAGGUCGUCGCAAACGCGGUCGUCCCCCCAAAACCCCUCGGGCCAGUUCCAACGACCAUCCAGCAGGUACCCCGGUUCAAACGCCUCAAAUGCAAACCCGGCCUCUUCCUCAUCAGGGCGCCGGGUCCCCGCCGCUUGCAUCACCGCCCGACAAACCCACUCCAACAAAGACGCUCGUCAAAGCGCUCCCCACUGUCAGGGACCAUACAUCUGAUCAAUUGAAUGAUGAGGGUGAUGAAUACAUCCCUAAGGAGUUUGAUGAUGCUGGGGAAACAAAGGUGGAUUCUAUGGGUUAUCCCCUAGGUGGCCGCGAAUACAAAUGCCGCACUUUCCGUGUCCCUCAUCGAGGCACCAAGCUGUUCAUGCUGGCGACAGAGUGCGCGAGAGUGUUGAAUUAUCGUGACUCGUACCUGCUUUUCAACAAGAAUCGCUCUUUGCACAAGAUUAUUGCUUCUCAGGUCGAGAAGGACGACCUUAUCCAGCAAGACAUUCUCCCAUACUCCUACCGCUCCCGCCAAAUCGCCAUCGUCUCCGCCAGGUCUAUGUUCCGUCAAUUUGGCAGUCGUGUGAUAGUCAACGGCAGACGGGUUCGAGACGAUUAUUGGGAGAGCAAGGCCAGAAAACAGGGCUUUACCGAGGAAGACAUGGCCGGGGAGAAACGUCCAGGAGCCGCCAAGGCUCGAGACCCUCCGGUAGAGACUCAGUCUUCGACUUUGCUGCCACUUCCUCACAACGAUGUCAUCUUUAGCAGUGCGGUGGAGCCUCUGCCGCCUGGUUUGUCUUUGGAUGUUACGGAUUCUACAUCGCUGGCUCAACUCCCGAUGAUUCAUAUGGCGACGACAGACGAUCCUCGGCUGCGGGAUUACAACUCUAUGCCGCGCUCACGCCAAGAGCUGACCGGUCAACCGUACCAGGACAAUACGCGAACUAGCACUGGAGCCGAAAUCAUUCAUCAGGCUCAGACCGCUGCCGAUUUCAACAAGGCGUUGAAUGCUCAAAGAAGCUUCCGUCUCAAGGGACUGGAUGAGUUCUAUGCUAAACCUCGAGAGGUACCUGAAAUUGAGGGACAGGCCACUACUGCCCUCGAUUCCGGCUUGUCCGUAUCACAGCCUAUCCAGCCCGUCCAAAUACCACCAGCCGGAAUGGCAACCUCUUCCCACACUCAACACAUGAUUCCUCCUCAACCUAUGGUGCCUGGACAACAAGGUUUCCCUCAGCAGCCGCAUCAGCAAUCAAUUGGACAGUCCCCCGUCAGAGGAAUUCCUGCCGGCAUGCAACCCAACCUCAUGCACCAGCGAUCCAACCCAUCCAUGUCGGCUGGUGUGCCCCAGGCUUCUUACGCGUAUCCUUCUCAGCAGCCACAGCAGAUGUGGGGUCAACCACCACCACAGCCCCAGCCGUCGCCUUUGUCCUCUUCGGGACCGCAAGGGGUCGGGAUGCCUCAGUACGGUCAGCAAAUGCCAGCGAACCCGCAACAAGCACCUUCGCCACUGCACCACGGUCAGCAGCCCCAGCAGUCUCCUCGCCAACAUCGCCCUUCGGUGCCCCAAAUUCCCCAGCAAUUCCAGCAAAUGCAACAGCAUCCCCAGAUGCAGCAACAAAUGCAACAGCAAAUGCAAUAUGCAGCAGCAGCUGGUUCUCCCGCUGGGUACCCUGCCAUGGCACGGGCAAUGUACCCCUCCCCGCAAGGCCCUGGCGGUCAACCUUUCAUGGCAGGCAAUCCCCAGCAAGCGGGUAUGACGAUGAGUAUGGGUGCCGGCGGUAUGCCUGGCUGGCCCGCGGGCGCCGGUGCCCCGAUGCAACCUGGUCAACCUCAGCCAGGUCAGUCUGGCAGCCCAUUGGGAGGAUGGUCAGGCUACUAGAUCGUGGUUUGGCGUUAACUAGAGUGGCGUUUAUGGGACUCAUUUUGCAGCAUCAGAGACGCCAUUUCCUUCUUUUCGUUUGUCGCUUUCUUGAGGUCCUCACAACUCUUUUCCGCUCUUCUUUCUGCUCCCUCCAUUUCAUGUUACGGUGACCAAUCUGUUUUAACCUCUCACCCCUUGCAUCUCGUGUCUGCUUGUGUGACAACCCCUCAUCGAGGGGUUUUCGAUAAUGUUAAUCUGGGCCAGCCUCCCUAUACCCUUUGUUGUACUUGGUUCGGCUCGGGUCUUGAUUGAUGUCUUUGUGUGCUAUUUUUUUUUUUGAUUUUGAUUCUCCUAUCAUGUUCAUUUCAGUGGUUCGGGGCUCUCCCGGCGUUUCUUAUUGCUUGGCUUUCCCGGCGUUGAUGCUGCAGCCGCUUUAUUAUUUGUCAUUACCGUCUAUGAGUAUGUAUGCUUUUUCAUCUUUCUCCACUAUUCUUCCCCAUACAUGGUCGAUAGAGAAGUUAUUUCACUGCCGAGCUUUUCGGCGGACUUUUUUUCCAGGGGAUUGAGAUUUUAUCUUCUAUAUUUCUAUCUUGCGUCGUCUGUUCCUCUCCAAUCAUGCUUCUUCCUAUGGAGCGUAUCCGACAGCUGCCUUUGUGAGAUUCCACCUUGCGUGUCUGUUCUGCUUCUUUUGCCUGUAUUACCGUCUGCAAUUUUUUUCUCAAGGGUUCUCCUCGGAUUCCCCCUUUCUUGCUUUGCUGUCUAUUUCCAUUUGACCGACUUAUGUGAAUGACAAUAUUGAUUUUGGAUUAUCCUUCAUCUCCAAUUCUGCUGUUCAUAUUUUUACAAUGUGUUAUCUUCUUUCCGGCGAGUUUGGUUUGUUCUAUUUUUGCUCUCGAUGUGCUUUCAUAUUCCCCUCUCUUGCUAUGGGUAGCUUCAAAUUGACAAUGAUACCUUGCUCUGCC